AUGAGCUACGACUCGGGCCGGGAGGAGGACGACAUCGAGGCGCAGGCGCCGCCGCCCACGACGUCGCCCGCUCCUCGGCCUCGCGGCGGGCGCUGCCGCCAGUGCCUCGGUUGGGGGGUGGGCAAGUUGAUGUGGCUGCUCGUGCUCCUCUCGCUGGGGCUGAACCUUGCGCAGCUUCUCACGUGGAACGAGCUCGAGACGCACAAGGAGUGGCUCGUGCAUCAGCGGCGCGGUGGCGCACGCUUGCGGCAGCCUCCGCCUCCGCCACAGCAGCAGCGGACCGGGGGUCAGCCGCAAGGGCGGCAGGCUGCACCCGCGAGCACGGGCGUGACGUGGCCGAAGCCACAAUCGACCCAGCCGCCGAACCAGCCGCCGCCGCCGCAGCAGGCGCGGCAGCGGGCUGCUAGCACCGUGGUCUCGCUCGGGGCCCCGGACGCCAGCGCCGCGGCGGAGGGGCCAGCGGCCGCGUCGGAGGCACUGCUCGCGCGGCGGCGGGAGGCGGUGGGGGAGGUACACCCGCGGUUGCGGCUCGCGCUCACGCUUCCGUGGGUGGGGAGCACCUUUCCCUCCUGGUUCCCCUACUUCCUCGCGUCGACGAACCGCUCGUCGUACCUCGUCGACUGGCUCAUCUUUCACGAGGAGGCGCGGCUGCCGCCCGCCGGGGAGGUGCCGCCCAACGUGCUCUUUUUUGACCUCGGACGCGGCGGCCUCGGCUCGCUCUUUGGCCUCAAGCUCGCUUCCGCCCUCGGCGCGACCAACAAGCUGACGCGGUACAUGAACCUCUUCCGGGCCGCCUUCCGCGACUUCGCCUACAUCAUAACCGAGUACAAGCCGACCCACGGCACAGUGUUUGCCGACUACCUCGCUGGCUACUCGCACUGGUCGUACACCGAUUCGGACGUCCUCGUCGGCGACUUGCCGCUCCACCUCUCCCUCGAGGAGCUGACCGAGUAUGACGUCGUCACGUACCACUUUGGCGACGCCUUCCGCCUCUACUUGCGCGGCCAGUUUAGUCUGCACCGCAACACGCCGCGCCUCGCGCGCCUCUGGACCGCUUGCCACCACCUCGGCGCGCGACAGCUGUCGAUUCGCUGGAGCCGCGACGGGGUUUGCGGUGACGCGCGACGUGACUGCUCCACAGGCGCGGGGCUGCUCGACGAGCUCGAGGCCAAGCACAUGCUGGUUAAGCGGCUCGCCGCAGAGGGCAAGCACGGCCGAACCCGCUUCCUAUCGGCGGAGGGGUGCUACUCGCAUGCCGUUGCGAGCGCGUCUGGCAUCCGGCUCAAGUUUGCGGCAAAGGCGUUCGCCGACUGGAGCGACGACCGCGAGUUUUAUUUGGUUGACGGCGCGGUGCGCCGAUGCCCGCAGCCGACGCAGACGUGGCUACCACCGGGCGAGGCGCCGCCCCUCGACCUCUCCAACCCGUGGGCCGAUGAGGUGGGCGAAGCGGCUUGCGAGCCGCUCGCGCCGGCCGCAGCUCCUCUCUCGGACGCGCUGCCCGCACUGCAGCGGACCCAGGGCGCGCCGGUGGCGCUGGCGAUCCACGCCAACUGCUCGCGGUGGAUCGAGGAGCGCUACCGGCUGUGCGCAAACAUGAGCGAGGAUGAGGCGGCGGUCGGGUACGAGGUGACGCUGCGCGACGGCGCAUGGAGCGCGCGGCGCGUGGUGGCGGCAGCGCCCCGGGGCGGCCCAGCCGGCUACCUCGAGGCGGCGUUCCUCCACCUGCAGCGCUGGAAGGCGCAGCUCGGGCGCUUGCGCUAUGGCGACGCCGCGCUGCCGCGCAUCCGCGGCCGCCGACUGUUCAAGUUGUCGCUGCGCGGUUUCGAGCCCAUCGACGUCGAGUACGACCGAGCGCGUGGCGCUUCUCUCGUCACGUAUCGCCCGUACCGGCCAGAGCCGGCGUCCGCAGACGCCGCGCCGCUCCUCCAUCGCGACGUGGCCGAGCUCACCGACGAGGAGUGGCGCGCGCUGGAGGAGCGGCGACGGACCGCCAGAACGCCUCCGCGAUGACGAGAAGCAUUUUAUGUGUGUGUGUUGCGAUUACGUGUUAUUAUUAUGGCGAAUAGUUUGAU